ACGUAAAACACUCGCACUGUUUAGAAAGAGAGAACACACGAAGCGCGGAGAGAGAGAGAGAGAGACUGUGGGACCCGACCGCGAAAAAAAUGCAAGAUCCGGCAAACCCGAAACCGGAUCCGAACCCGGCGGCCUCACAGGAGUCGCCCACCACCAUGACGACGACGACGACGUCGUUUCCAGACCCCACAGCUGCAGCCCCAGCCGGCCUCACCUUCCGCGGCUCCUACCACCGCCGCGCGCAGUCGGAGGUCCAGUUCCGGAUCCCCGACGAUCUGGAUCUGCUCCAGGACCCGUUCGACGGCCCAUCCAACAGCUUCGAGGACCUCGCCGGCUCCGAAGACGACCUCUUCUGCACCUACAUGGACAUCGAGAAGCUCGGAUCCAAGCUCGACGACGGAUCCAAUGCCUCCGCCGGAGGAGGCUCGUCGUCGCAGGCGGAUCCCGGCGCCGGAGAGGGAGGAGGUAAUAAUGCGAGGCCGAGGCACAGGCAUAGUAGCUCCAUGGACGGCUCCUUGGAGUCGAUUGAGGCUAAGAAGGCCAUGGCUCCUGAGAAGCUCGCUGAGCUUUGGGCCGUCGAUCCCAAACGAGCCAAGAGGAUUUUGGCAAAUCGACAGUCUGCAGCUAGGUCGAAAGAGAGGAAGGCCCGGUACAUAUCAGAACUUGAAAGGAAAGUUCAGACCCUUCAAACAGAAGCUACUACUCUUUCUGCACAACUCACUCUAUUCCAGAGAGAUACAACGGGAUUAUCCUCUGAGAACACGGAGCUUAAGAUUCGAUUGCAAUCUAUGGAACAACAAGCUCAGUUACGCGAUGCUCUGAAUGAUGCACUGAAGAAAGAACUUGAGAGGCUCAAGAUUGCAACUGGAGAAGCACUAACACACACUGACUCAUACAACCUUGGCAUGCACCAUUUUCCAUAUUCGCAGUCCUCCUUCUUUCCCAGUCAGUCACAGUCUGGGCCACGUGAUUCUCAGAACAUUCAGCUACCACAGUUUCAUCAGUUCCAGUCUAGCCUGCAAGCUCCUCAUCAGCCUAUGCUUAAUGCAUCAGCUCAGUCACAUGCGUGCUCAGAUAUGUUGCAGCAAGAUUCAAUUGGCAGGUUCCAGGGGCUUGACAUCAAUAACAGAGGAAGUUCUCAUCUAGUGAAGCCCGAAGGCUCCUCUAUAUCUGCUGGAGAAACCAAUAGAAGAUUCUAAUUGCAGGCCUACCCAUGGUCACCUUAUUUAUUGAAUUGUUCAUAGACUGACCUCAGCCAAAGGUAUGGCUUAACCUUUCAUUGGACUUUGAUUCUUUGAAUUGAUUGCUCUUGCAAUUUUUGGUAGCUGAUUUAGGACUGGAGUGUUCGUAGAUUCUUCAUAGUCCAUUUCUUUGGGUUGCUCAUGUGGGAAUAGAGCAUUGUUUCUAAUUUCUUGUGAUUGAAAGAGAUACAUUCCACUUUUCAUGCCAGGGAUCCCUUGUCCCUAACUCUAAUGUAUUUUUUUUUUCAUUUGUUGACCAACGAAAAUGUCAUGCUGUGGAUAAUGUGUUGUUCCGUGAAGUGUUGUCUGUGGAUAAUGUUGUUGUUCUAUGAAGUGU